UCACAUGAAGGCACAAAAUGAGAGCCAGAGGACUGUCUUGUUUACGUCUUCACGCGUGAGUCACGGAUGACAGUGGAGAGGCGCUCCGGAGAAGAUUGGCUCGGUUCUGCGCCCAUCACUCCCGGCUGGGAGGGACUUUCAUCCGCUCUUGUUUAGUUCUCAAUGGAUGCCAGCGACAUCGGCCGCGGCGCGCGAUCAGACGGGAAGCGACGCGCGCGGUUUGCUCUCCGGACGUAAACGCGAGGCUGAAAGCGAGCCGGAUGUGCUGCCCGAGCGCGAGAUCGCUACGAAGACGCGCGGGGACUGCGUUUAGAUGAAUCCAGAUGUGCUGCAUGGCCUGAGCGAGCGACAGACAGACGGAGGGCAUUGUCUCUCUGUUUAUAAACACACGUCCCUUCGUAGAAGAGAAGGAGCGCGCGGGCGGAUUGAUGCACCCUUUCCAGUGGUGCAACGACACGAAAGUCAAGCUUUGAAUGAGUACGUUGGUGUUCUGGUUUUAUGCGACCCUUGGCAUCACCCGCUGCGGCAGGAUUCUUCUUCGUGGGGUGCUUCUGCGGUUUGGGACUCAUCUACUCCAAUAAGACCUGCACUAUGCCAUCCGUCACCUUCCAGGACCUUCCUCUCAAUAUCUAUAUGGUGAUCUUCGGCACAGGCAUCUUCGUCUUCGUUCUCAGCCUCAUAUUCUGCUGCUAUUUUAUAAGUAAACUGAGACACCAGGCCCAGAGUGAACGUUUUGGAUACAGAGAGGUCAUUUUAAAAGGAGAUCCAAAGAAGCUGAAUCUUCAUGGGACAUGUGCCGUGUGCUUGGAGGACUUUAAGGUGAAAGAUGAGCUGGGAGUGUUGCCAUGCCAACAUGCCUUUCACAGGAGGUGUGUGGUGAAGUGGCUGGAGGUGCGCUGCGUCUGCCCCAUGUGUAACAAACCUCUGGCGGGGUCCUCCGAGCAGCACCAGAGCAUAGGCACGCUGCUGGACGAGCUGGUGUAGGGACGAGACCCACAUCAGUCUUCAGAAACUCUCCCUGGAGCCUUUUAUCACAGAGCUGACUGACUCUCACUGCAUUGUGAGACUGAACCUCACAGAUGAGGUCAAGAGGCAUGUUUUCUCUAAAAAAAAAAAAAAAAACAGUGAGGGAGAUUCAGCGAAAGCUAACCGAGCUGUUCAGUCAUAAUAGCGGUUUGUAUGCUAACCCAGAAGGCUAAUUCACCUCCGGAUCCCUCAGGAAUUCAUAAGGGGUUUUUAAUUUAGCGGGUUUUGAUUUCGGAGUAAAACAAGGCCCGUGGGAAACGCUAUUUUAAGAUUUGAGAAUUUCAAAUUGGGAAACCCUUGAGUGCUUUACAAGCUCGAGCUGCUGAGAACUACAACUACCACGAGGAUGUGCGUUUACACACUUGAAGCAAACAGCCGUCGUAGUCUUUAUGUAGUGACAGGAAAUUCUCAUCUAAUAUCUGUAAUUUGUGUCGUACGACAAAAUGUGCCAAAAUGAAAUGUAAACAGACCACUUAAAACCAACUCAAACUCCUGUUUCAGGACUACAAACUGAAUAUCUGUAUUGUAAAUGCUCGACAUUAGACCAGCUGAGGAGGAAACAGGAUUUACAUCAUUCCAGCACUGAACACUUCGACCGCAAGUGACAACAGCACAGUACACUGGGCCCAAAGAACUUUAUCACUUUAUGUGUGUGUGUGUGUGUGUGUGUGUGUGUGUGUGAGAGAGUGUGUGUUUUACAGUCAUCAGUAGUAGUGUUGGACGUCUCGUUUUUUCUAGAUUAUGUGUGCACAAGUCAUCGACUGUCUUAAGAGAUUUUAAGCAAACACUACCACAGUUCCCGGAGUCCCGGACGCAGAAAUGGGCUGCCAGAGAAAACACAAGUGGCUUUCUUUUUGUAUUUCAAGUUUUUGUGUUCGUUCACUGUAAUCUGGUUGCCGUUGUUACUACCUGCAGUGUUUUAGUCAAUGUUUUCGCACCAAAAAAAAAAAAAAAAAUUUUGAAAGCA